AUGGGUGGCAUAGUAGAAUGGAAGAAACAUAUCGAGCUGUGUUUUGCAUUGGUAAAGCCAGAGGCCUGGAUUGAAAUUCAAGAGCCAGAUGUGGCCAGGUUCUUGCUACCCCCUUCUGGAAAUGCGUACGACGCGUUCUCGAAGACACCAGCCCUAGAAGAGCUCAAACGAGAAACUUCGCCUAUUGCAGAGUCUUGGCGAGACAUCUGGCACAAUCUCAUGUGGCAUUGUGGUCUCAAGCCACGUGUUGGCGCUCUGCUUGCGAACUAUCCAGACGACACGGAUUUGGAAGAGAUCCGUACCGAGCGUUACGUACUUCCUUCUGGGACUUGGGAGGGCAUGGCAGACGCGCAGAGACGUAUGGCCUCUAUACACGAAGCCUUUGCAAGGGACAAUGCGCCAGUUUUAAUACGAAGGCUGGGCAGUUCGACGGGUUAUAUGAGCAGUGAGGAGAUAGACAGGGUCGCAGAGAGUUCGAGAACCUUUGUGGGAAAAUUUGAGGGCAACAGAGAGUUGAGGUGGGUGUACGUCGUUUGUGGGCGCAAGAAACGGAUAAGGUAG